GUCUCAUCUUUAAAGCCUAGCUAUACUGACUUUCGAAACUCAUCGCAGCCACAAAAAUUGAAAUUAAGGACUAUUUAGACGAAUAACAGAUAAAUAAAUCAAACUUGAGUCAUUAUAUAAGGAAUCAUAGCCAAAAUGAACUUUUUAUCUGUAAAAUUUAUACAGAUUAGUGCUUCGAGGUAUAUUUAAUAUGUCAUGUGAACAUGACUUACAAUGGAAGAAGAAAACUUUACAGCUUGCUUUACAGACUUGUUUAUGUGGUUGAUGUGUGGUCUAGGACGUCUAGGAUCGUCGGAUGGGCUUUUGCGGUUAGAUAUCAAAAUUUAAGUAACGCCUGGAACAUUAUUCACUUUAAGAAAUGACCAGUUUCUUUCAAGGAUAUAAAUAUUAUGAUACAAAAGAUGGUGAAGAUUGUCACAAGAAGAUAUGGUUCAUGACAAAGUCUGCUUUGCUUUUGAGUGGCUGGGCAGGACCGUGCUACUGUGCACUGGUGACGCACCCGGUCGGAGCGUGGCAGACUGUUCACAGCCUGGGCUACAUCACCAUCCCGCUGGUGACCUCUGCCGCGACGUUCGCCGCCACCACGUGUGCGCUGACCAACCUGCGCGGGAAGGAUGACUUCUAUAACCCGGCGCUGGGCGGCCUGGCCGCCGGCAGCAUCUUCGGCGCCGCCAAGCAAAGUCUGGCGACCGGCGCGCGCUGGGGCGGAAUCUUUGCUGUGGCUGCCAUCAGCUUCAAGGCUGGCGUCGACUACGACUGGAGGUGGUGGGAGGCGGAAAACUUCACCCAGAGGGGCACGGUCGGCAUGUGGCGACACGACUGGACCCUGCGUAAGGACCCCUCCAAGACGGAGUCCCAGUAGAGACCGGCGGCAUAUGAUGGUGUAUAUAGCUACAGAGAGCGACGAAUACAGACUGGUGCGGUGAGAAAA